AUGAAAGCACAACAAUUAUUCCUGAUUCUUAAUUUAUUCAUAGUUCUCGUAACUUCGACGACAACUUCUUCAGAAGCUGGCAUAAUUUCCGAUGAUUUACUAAAUGACAACUCCUCAACAAUCACAAAUGUGACUAUAGAAUUGCCGGCCACAACAUCAGCACCGAAACCUCUGCCGCAAAAACGAGAGGAACCCGAGAAAAGCGUUUUCCGCUGCAAAAAUAUGACGAAUCAACUUGUCGAUUGUAAAACGGCGUGUGUGGCGAAGAGUAGUGUGGAUGAGACGAAUUAUGAGUUUGAUCAUCAGUGAGUUUUUCGGGAGGAAGGGACUUAGUAUAAGUCCACGCUACAGUUGGACAUCGACUAAAUGACAUUUUCAGGUUUUUUAAGCAAGUGAGUUGAAAUAUUGGGUUCUAAUGUUAUUCAUAUGAUAGAAUGGUCUAAGACGAACAGAAUUAUAUAAAUUUUGAUGACUUUACGUUAUCCAUAAGUGAUUUAGCGACGUUUAAUCGAUCGACUCGGCUUAUCGACCAAAUAUCGAUUAAACCUCGCUAAAUCAGUUAUGGAUAACGUAAAGUCAUCAAAAUUUAUAUCAUUCUGUUCGUCAUAGACCAUUCUAUCAUUUGAAUAACAUUAAAACCCAAUAUUUCAACUCACUUGCUUAAAAAACAUGAAAAUGUCAUUUAAACCGCUUUAUGAUCACCAAUAUUUUCCAGAAAAUACGGUGUUCAAAUAAUGCGUCGUGGCUGCGAAGGUCACUCAAACUUCAAUCUCAAAUCAGUCGAAUGCAAAUACGAAACCAACAACGGUCUACCCUACUCAAUUCUCUAUUCAAUCGCAAACUACGAGAAGAAUCGCUUCUUAACAGUUCGAAAAUACUGUUGUUGGACUGUUGGCUGCAAUGCGAAAAACGAUUUUCGCAAUCCGCGAUACGUUUUUGUUCCGCGAAGUAAUGUGAAAAAAGCGAUUGAUUCAUUGCAAGUCGAUUCGUUCUUCUAUUUUGUGAUCACAGCGGUGGUUUUGCUGUUUUUAGCGAUAUUUGCGGCGCAGAAAUACUAUGUUUACGCGACUUCGCGGAUUCAAGUUAAGAGAACUGAUUAUUAUAAUGAGGCGGAGCAGAAUUUGAAAGAACUCAAUGAAUUUAAGGAGGAAUCAAUGAUUGAUGUAAGUUCACCUGACUCAUAUAAAUCGAUCGAAAAUCAAAAAUUUUCUAGACUCGUGUAAAAGUGACAGGUUGCAUGACAAUCAAGGAUCUCAGCAAAGUUCUAGCCCUCUUCCCAGAUGAAUCGAGAAACAGUAAACUCUCAAAAACGCAUUCGGACGAUGUCUAUGCGUAUGCUGGAAAUGAUAUGCUCAAAGGCGCGAAAUGCUCGACACAUCGUUGUAGUAUCGAAGUCGAACGACCACUUUUGGCACAUUGUAUUGGAUUUGGUCAUGAGAUUAUGAAUACGGAUCGAGUUAUUUUGACGCCGAAGGAUUUGUUGUAUCGAAUGGUUGAACAUGGACCUUAUCAGUUUCCGUUUGAUAUUAUUGAACUUUUGCAGGUAUUUUUGGGCACUGUAGACGCGAAAAAUCAUUUUUUUUUGUUCAAAAUCGUUAUUGGCGCCAAAAUUCACUUAGGAUUUCAAAAAUUCCUGAUUUUUGACGCCUUAAAUACCCUAUUUCUAGAAUGCGUCAAAAUCUACAGUAAUUCUAUUAUCAAAGUAAAAAUACGCAAAAAAAUAGGCCAGAAAUUAAAUUCCCAAGUUCCUUCCCCAAGUACGGUAUUCCUCCGCGUCACUAACACCUCAUUGGGCAGAGAAACAAAGUUAAAGGUACAUAUUAUCGAAAAUCUCAUCGGUAUCACGCGCUCCACCGAAAUAAACACGCAACGCAGACCGCGCCGCGCCACAACACACACAAAUAAGGGAACGAAUCGAAUCAUUCCCUUCUUUGUGUGUGUGUAAUAGUGCGGCGCGGUCUGCGUUGCGUGUUUAUUCCGGUGGAGCGCGUGGUACCAAUGAGAUUUUCGAUAAUAUUUGUUGCCAAAAUACACAGUAACCCUAGGCUUGUUUAGAUUUUAAAGAUUCCUAAUUUUUGAAGGCUAAAAGUACCGUAUUUCUAGAAUUUUUCGCGCCAAAAUCUACAGUAACCUGAGUCUUUGAAAACUCUUAACUUGUGCCGAAAGUUGCAACAACGCUAAGCUUAUUUGAAAAAAAGAAAGGCCAGAAAUUCAAAUCCCAAGUUCCUCCCCCAAGUACGGUAUUCCUCUGCGUCACUAACACCUCAUUGGGCAGAGAAACAAAGUCAAAGACGCACAUAUGGGUCUCGCAGCGACUGGCAGGAACGCCGUACUUGGGAAGAGUGUCAUUUGAAUUUCUGGCCAAAUUUUUUUUAAAAUUUCAAUGAUAGGAACUCUUAUGGGGUGAUUCAAGUCUUUUUUUUUUUGAAAAAAAUGUUUUUUUUCAUUUUUUUUUCGACUUGAAUCACCCCAUUAAGUUUUGGUUCUUGGUUAAAAUGAGCAAUGUUACAAUGUUCAAUGAGCACAAAUUAACGUUCCAGCUCUUCGAAGAAACGGCCUACAUUCUUGGAACCGAGCCAAGUCUUCUCAAACUCGAAGGUGGAAUCACAAUCGUCGGCGAUUUACGUGGUCGCUACAUCGAUCUUCAUCGCUGGCUUCAAUUAACCGGUUGGCCACCAAAUAACAAACUUCUAUUCCUCGGUGGAAUGAUUGAUGUCGAACAAAAAGGCUCACUCGAAACCCUCGCCCUAAUCUGCGCUCUCAAAUGUCGCUUCCCCCACCACAUUUAUAUGCUACGCGGUGUUCCGGAAGCGUCGGAAUUCACAAUUUCGAAUCGAUAUGAUCCGAUGAUUUGUAGAUCUAUACAAUCAUCGGUGGCAAGAAUGUUGUCGUAUUUACCGUAUUCGGCUGUGAUUGGACAAUCGAUUCUGGCGACUUAUAGUGGAUUUUCGCCGCUGGUUAGAUCGAAACAGGAUUUGUUGGCGAUUCAGAGACCGGUUAGAUUGGAUUCGAUUGGGAAGAUUGAGAAACAUAUUAUGUUUAAUCAGCCAUCGCCGACAGUUAAAAUGUAUCGACCAAAUCCGUGUGAGUUUUGGGGAAAGGGGGGGGGAGGGUUUAGGACCAGAAAUUGCAUUAACUUAAAUUUCAGCUAGCUAGAAAAAUUAUAGAGCUUUCUGAAAGUAAGAACUUAGGAUAACUUUCACCAAAAAAAUCUGAGAAUUUGAAAUUUAGAAUUGAUUUUUCUGGAUUAAUGUUUUCAAAUUGAUUUUCAAGAUUUUUUACUGAAAAGUUUCUAGGGCUAAAUUUUUGAUAGUCUGAAAUAUUAUUGAAUUAAAAACACGUGAGAAAUAAAAAACUAGGUCAAGUGACGUGGAUUUAAAAACAGUAUAGGUAGCCAUGUCGUCAGUUGCGAUGCGUGUGGGCGACACGUUUUUAGAAAUGAAAAUUUGGCAAAUUCAAUGGAAAAUAUAAGGGCCCUGCAAUCUCAAAAAUAUGAUAUAUGAACAUAAUGAUCACUUUUGAGGUCUCGGUAAAGAACAAUAACAUAACGCCGAAAAUUCUAACCUAAUUCGAUGAAUUUUUUAUGCCGAAUUUUCUAGCCUAUAUAAAACGAGCCAUCAUGUGAAAAAGACUGUAUUAUUAUUUUUUAUUCAAAAAUCACAAAUUUUUUUUUCGGUUUUUUUUUUGUUUUCAACAACUAGUUUGUUUUUUAUUAAAAGUUUAUUAACACAAAAAAAUAAGGGGGAAAAAGGAUAAAGAAUAUUGAAGUCUUCGUCGUAGUCGCCAGAAUGAUAUGUCGACAAGUGUGAGUUUCCAGCAAGUUUCAUUGAAAGUCUGUAAAAUGAUCUGUUUUUAAUAGGGACGGAAACAUUUCAAAUCAGAAUCUUUUUACAUUGUGUAAAAUGGAUCCUAGAAUUUCUGUUCCGAAAAAAUAUCUAGCAUUAUUUUCAACAUCUUAUUUUUCAUUGGAAUCUUUUUACAUUAUGUAAAAAGAUUCUGAUUUUUUUCAAAAAAAUUCACGUUUUUUAAUUUAAUUUUAUCAGAAUCUUUUUACAUUAUGUAAAAAGAUUCUGAUUUUUCAUCAUUCAGAGAAAUUUCAUUCCAAAAAAACAACUUAUUGUGUCAUAAAACUAACUAAGAAAGUUUGGAAAGGUUGAAACUUGACAUGACAAUAAGCUCAUGCGAAAUAAUUUAUUUCCAAAUUCUAAAUUUUCAAAUUGAAAUUACUGUAAUAUUCAGCGAAAAACUGCAAAAAACGUGGCAUUGGAUUGUAAGUGUUUGUUUUCGAACUUACGGUAUUCAAAUUAAGCUCAUAAUGAUAGUAAAUAGUUGUUUUCUGAAGGAUAAUCUGCUCGAUUUGAAAAAACUGCCGGAAAAAUAAAAAUUUUGAUUGGAAAUGAUGAACUGUGAUGUGGCUCUACGUUAAAAUAAGUGACGUGUCCUAAUUUUUUUCAUUUCGCGAUUUCAAUUUUAUUUUUCCGGCUGCUUUUUUUCAAAUUGAGGUGAGUGAAAGGCUUUCCCUAUGUACAAAUCUUGCCAAUGCGAAAAGUACGGAAGCGAAAGCCACAUAUACAGUCUUCGCGGCUGCUUUGAUCUUUUAUGUUGAAUAAGGAAACUUUCUAUAUUAUAAUGGUUCUCUUCCAAAAGUCAGAUAUGUAAAUUCAGAUUGACAAUGGGCAUAGAAUCGUAAGAAAAUAUUUUCUGUUUGGUUUUUAGAUACUUCUGUAAUUUUUUUCCUAAUUCAAAUCCUUCUUCGGAAUGAAAUUUCUCUGAAUGAUGAAAAAUCAGAAUCUUUUUACAUAAUGUAAAAAGAUUCUGAUAAAAUUAAAUUAAAAAACGUGAAUUUUUUUUUGAAAAAAAUCAGAAUCUUUUUACAUAAUGUAAAAAGAUUCCAAUGAAAAAUAAGAUGUUGAAAAUAAUGCUAGAUAUUUUUUCGGAACAGAAAUUCUAGGAUCCAUUUUACACAAUGUAAAAAGAUUCUGAUUUGAAAUGUUUCCGUCCCUAUUAAAAACAGAUUACAGACUUUUAAUGAAACUUGCUGGAAACUCACACUUGUCGACAUAUCAUUCUGGCGACUACGACGAAGACUUCAAUAUUCUUUAUCCUUUUUCCCCCUUAUUUUUUUGUGUUAAUAAACUUUUAAUAAAAAACAAACUAGUUGUUGAAAACAAAAAAAAACCAAAAAAAUAGAAGAAAAUCAAAUAAUUCAGAAUUUUUCUGCGGCAGAUAAAUUCCCGAAAAGAAUGAAACGUUUUACAUUUGUUUCAUAUUUUUCGAUAACUCCAAGAAAAAAUACUUAUUGUUUUUCUUCCUCCUUAGAAAGAGCUCAUCAUGCGCAUAUAUCAAAUUUUUGAGAUUGCAGGGCCCUUAUAUCGAGGUCAACACGCAACGCAGAACCGCAUCGCAACUGACGACAUGGCUACCUAUACUCAGAGAAAAGGUGGUCCAUGGGCAGCCCCUUGAAGUGCCCCGAGGGCUGAUCCUAAGGGCAACACUAGUGCAUCCAAGGGGCGACCUAAGGGCAAUUCAGAAAAACUAGGGUAUGACGUUUUUAAAUUUUAAAAAUUUUGACGUGGAAAAAAUCAUUUCUGUUUCAAUUUUUAAUUUCCAGCAUGGAAAAAUUUAGAAAAAAAACCGUGCACUACUUUCACAAUGGUGAUUACCGUCGGAAAACUAGUCUAUUUUACGAUCAAAAUGUAUUGUAAAUCAGAAAAUAUUUAUAAAGCUAGAACUUUUAUUCAAAAAAAAAAUGAAGCUCGAUCUCAUCAUUCUCAUUUUAGCAAAUUCGACCAUGGCAAACUCCUAUCGAAUACUAGGAGACACAAUAGAAUAUUAUUGAAGUCUAAUAUCACUUUCUCUUCACAAUUAAUUCUUUGAGUACUGCAAUAUCGGGUACAAAUAAUGUGAGGUAAAAUCUUUCGGAUUCACAAAUAUUCCAAAUAGCAAUACGAAUAAUCUCAAUUCAUUGCUGUUUCCAAAACUGUUCCUGCUUCUCACUUUGUACUUUUAAAGAUUUGUAGCAUAGCAAUUCGAAUAACAUGAUUAGGAAAUGAUUUCCCGACUAUUUUCUAGAACACCGAAAUGUGUGAAAUGAAAGAAAUUUAUUAUUUUUUGUGAUCGAAGACGUAACUAGGUCACAAAACUAGGUCACGUACUCAAAACAUACCCUUCGAUUUAUUUUUCCCAUUAGAAAAUUUGCCCUUCGUGCUGGUCCGAAGGGCAACACCUCGAAAAUACGGGCAAACCAGAUUCCUACGGGCAGCCCCGGGGCAAAAUUUUCUCUGAGUACUGUUUUUAAAUCCACAUCAUUUGACCUAGUUUUUUUUAUUUCUCACGUGUUUUUAAUUCAACAAUAAUUGAUUUUUUCUGGAAACAUUUUCUGAAAAUUUCCAAAUUCUGAACAAAAUCUCUAAAGAAAAAUUUAGAAAAGUUAUUUCAAUUUUUUUCAGUAAGAACUUACGAUAACUUUCACCAGAAAAAAAUAUGAAAAAUUGGAAUUUAGAAUUGAUUUUUCUGGAAAUCCCGCAAAUAUUAUUUUGAAAAUUUCAAAUUCUGAAGAAAAUUUCUGAAAUUUUCCAAUUCUGAAGAAAAUUACUGAAAUUUUCAAAUUCUGAACAAAAAAAUCUUCAGAAAAAGAAAAUUUCUGAAAUUUUCGAAUUCUGAACAAAAAAAUCUUCAGAAAAAGAAAAUUUCUGAAAUUUUCCAUACCUAAACAAAAUUUCUGAAAUUUUCGAAUUCUGAAGAAAAUUUCUGAAAUUUUCGAAUUCUGAACAAAAUUUCUGAAAUUUUCGAAUUCUGAACAAAAUUUCUGAAAUUUUCGAAUUCUGAAGAAAAUUUCUGAAAUUUUCGAAUUCUGAACAAAAUUUCUGAAAUUUUCGAAUUCUGAACAAAAUUUCUGAAAUUUUCAGAGAAGUAAAAAUCUCUAAAGAAAAGUUUCUCAAAAUUUAGAAAAAAAUUCUGAAAAUUUGGAUCGAACCAUAGCUUCAAAUUCAAAAAUCCCUAGAAUCGCCAAAUUUGUCUAACCUCACAAAAUCCCCAUUUCUUACAGUAAGCGAAGGCGACCAUUUCGGAAAACACGCAAUUCUCCGCGCCUGCAAACUCUACAACGUGCGAACCGUAGUUCGUGCUCACACGGUAGUUCCAAAUGGCUAUAUGCCAAUUUGGCAUCACCGUCUUUUGAAUAUUUGGAGUGCACCGGCUCUUGGUGGAGCACAAGGUGCAGUUUUGUGUGUUUCGAGGGAUAUGAGUAUUACUCCGGUGAUUUUGAGAGCAAGGAAAUAUUAG